AUGGCCGGCCAGGAAGAUCCAGUGCAGAGAGAAAUUCACCAAGACUGGGCCAACCGGGAAUACAUCGAAGUAAUAACGAGCAGCAUCAAGAAAAUUACCGACUUCCUUAACUCUUUUGACAUGUCAUGUCGAUCCCGUUUGGCUACCCUGAAUGAGAAGCUGACAGCCUUGGAGCGGAGGAUCGAAUACAUUGAAGCAAGAGUUACAAAAGGAGAGACCUUGACAUAA